CCACGGGUUGACAGUUCGAUACACGUUAACUGACAGGCUAAACGCCCAAUCAGCUCUCAACGCGACUAUUUUACAAAGAAAGUAUACUUUUUCUGUCCAAUAAGGGCGGCCGAAGGCGGGGCGUUGCCAUGGUGAACACAGCUUUUUUUUUUCUGUAGGUUGUGGCCAUAGGAGGCUUGUAUUGUUGGUAGAUGACAGCUGUAAACAAGCUGCAGGGAAGCGCAGGCACUUUAAGGAAAGCUAACACGGUUACAGCGCGGUAAAGAGUGAAAAGAGGAAUUUAAAUACCUAACCAGAUGGUGAGGGGUAGAGCCUUGGCCCAUUGUGGGCUGGUUCUGCUGAGUUUGUGGCUGUGUAUCCAGUCAGUACCUAUCAGUGUGGACAAGACCAAAGCAAAGCCUCAAGAGGAGGAACUGGAGCCACCACAGAGUGCUGAAACUGGUCUGCACUACGACCGCUACCUCAGGGAAGUCAUUGAGUUCCUCGAGAAAGAUCCCCAUUUUAAAGAAAAGCUCAAAAAUGCCAACAUGGAUGACAUCAAGCAAGGCAAACUUUCCAAAGAGCUGGACUUUGUCCAUCACAAUUUUCGUACUAAGCUGGACGAGCUGAAGAGGGAGGAGAUGAACAGGCUGCGAAUGCUCAUCAAAGUCAAACAUGACAUCGAGGGGGGGAAUGGCCGGACAGUGGACCACCAGGCCCUGCUGAAACAGUUUGAGCACCUCAACCACCUGAACCCAGACACUUUUGAGGUGGAGGACCUGGACCGCCUCAUCAAAUCGGCGACCAAAGACCUGGAGAACUUUGACAAGGACCGCCACGAUGAGUUCAAGAGGUAUGAGAUGAUGAAGGAGCAUGAGAGGAGGGAACGUCUGAAGGCCAUGACUGAGGAGGACCGCAAGAAGGAGGAGCAGCACUACGAGGAGAUGAAAAAGAAACACAACAACCAUCCAAAAGUUAACCACCCUGGCAGUGAAGACCAGCUGAAGGAGGUGUGGCAGGAGGCAGACGGUUUGGACCCAGAAGACUUUGAUCCCAAGACCUUCUUCAAAAUGCACGACAGCAAUGGAGAUGGCUUUUUCGAUGAGAGCGAGCUUGAAGCUCUCUUCACUAAAGAGCUGGACAAGGUGUACAACCCCGACAAUGAAGAAGACGACAUGGUUGAGAUGGAGGAAGAGAGACUGCGAAUGAGAGAGCACGUUAUGAAUGAGGUGGACACUAAUAAAGACAGACUUGUGUCGCUGAACGAGUUCAUGGCAGCCACGAAGAAGGAGGAGUUCUUGGAAAAAGACGAGUGGGAGACUUUAGAUCAAAACCCCCUUUACACUGAGGAGGAGCUGAGAGAGUACGAACAGCAACUGGCCAACGAGGGGAAUGACAUCUACAAGAAGUCGGCCGAACUGCAGAAACAGAGGGAGGAGCUGGAAAGGAAAGAGGAAGAACUUAAUGCUCAGAAGUUGGGGCUACAGCAGGCAGUGGAAGAAAUGGAAAGGUUAAAAGCCCAAAGCUCAAAAGCCGAGGUCAAACAGCCCGGAGCUCCUGUAGCUGAAGGUGAACCUGCACCAGUUGUACCCAGAAACAGUCAACCACUGCCGCCUGGUCACCAGCAGCAAGAUGUACCAGUGCCAAGACACUCUUAGCAGGCCUCAAUACUCCGUAUGCUGUAUGAAUGCCAGUGAGUGUGUGUGUUUGCCUUGUAAUGAUUCCAAUUUUCCAUUUUUGUUUUGGAUUUUCAAAAAAAAAAAAAAAAACACUUGACAAAAAUAUGCCUAAAUAUUAAGAGCAUAUAAGAAAUAAGGCUUCACAUUUAGUGCCAGUGCCCAUUAUGCCCAAUUUGGCUGCAAAAAUCAGACUUGAAAUGUGGAGCUGGUCCAGAUUUCUUUGUGGAAAAUCGACUCUUGUUUUUGUUGUUUUGAUCUUUUAUCACAAGGACUUUGUUACUCUCUGUUCUCCAUGGGAAGUGCUUUGGGGUGAAAUGGGGAGGGCUUUUGGCCUAAAAAGUGAAUGUUGUUUAGGGCACACUGUAGUUAAUUGCCACUGACACUGUCUCUUAGAGAGAAAUACAAAUUACUGUAUUUAUUUAUUCCAUUAAAGAGAUUAUUUCAGAAAAAUGAAUGUCAGAAACUCAAGUUUAGAGUUUAUGUAGUGCUGCUGGCUAAUGAAUGAAAUUGUCCUAUUUACAUUUUUCAUGUAGUAAUAUGAAUAAUAUAUUCAGCACAUCCAUAAAAUAUUUUUCUUUUUAUAACUUGCAUUUCACCAUGUUCAUUUUCACAGUUUUUUGGCUUAAUUUUAAAAUGUGACAAUUAUAUUUGUGGUGUAAAAAAUAUGCUAUCAAUGUUUGAAUACUUCUUAACUGUUUUAUAUAACUUCUUAAGAGGACUCCAGACUGCAACAGUUACCCACAAUUCUCUUCAGCCAUCAUUUUGAAACUGAAAGUUCAUACCUAUAUAAAAUGCACAAUCCUUCAAUUGUCUUUUCUAGCUGUUGUCACCUUUGGGCCAGAUGAUUGAAGAACAUAUUUAGUUUACAGAUGAAGUUACAUAUAUAUUGAAAUCUUUUAAUUUAAUAUAAUUGUGCUUGUGAGUGACGACUGCAUGGAUUCUAAAGUGGUUGUAUGUGUUUGUGUGUCACUGCUUGAGUGUAUGUGAAUUUGUCAUUUUUCAUGAUAGAAACUUAAUUUUAAUUUAUUUAUUUUCACCACUUAGGUUGAAUUUGACCUUGUCUCUGUCAGAGGAGAUGGAAAACCAGAAAAACAGUCACAAGGUCAAAAACUGACUUCAGAACUGUCUUCAUUAUGGAUUAAUUCAACAGAUAUGAGAUAGAAUAAGGACACAAGAUAGUUCAUCUUUUAAGGAAUUGAGAUACAAUACACCAGUUGAUUAAUUAUUAUUUUUUGUCCCUUUCAAAGAGCAGUUAAAUCUGUCCACCACCCAACGUCCUGAAUUCAUGAAACUGUUGUACAAGGUUUGAAUAUGGACAAUAAAGUGAAUGAGCUUGCA